AUGUACCCUGUUGCUAAACUUGAACCGAUAUUAGACGACAAGCCAAAUACUCCAACAGAAAUGCCUGAAACGCCUGAAAUGCCUGAAAUGCCAGAAAUGCCAGAAAUGCCAGAAAUGCCAGAAAUAGAGGAUGAUCUUGACGAACAAGAAAAAUAUACUAAAAAUAUUACAGAUGAAAUUAAUGAACGAUUAACCAAAAUGCAACUAAAAAAGGCAGUUUAUGCUCUAAAAGAAAAGCAGGCCAUAAUAGGAGAAUUGAUAAAAUACUCGCUUACAUAUGGUCCAAAGGGUGAUAUCGAAUUUAAAAAACUUAUAAAUAACGCGUUCGAAAAUGAAGCUGAAAGCUUAACACUAACAUAUGAUGAAUUAGAAAAAUAUUCAAAUUCCAAAAAUGACCCCUUGCCCCAAUGCAAAGAAGCCACAUCCAUUUAUGAUAAGUACAAAAUUGGUAUUCGCUCAACGAAUACCAAUCGUCCAUCAGAUUCAACGCUUAAGUUUUUCGCUCAUUUUCUUAGAAAUUUUACAAGUAAUAAUGAAAAAGUUAUAGAAUUAAUCACCUUGAAUAAGGGACUAGGGAGUGCAUUCUCCAAAUCUAAAACGCAGGUCUCAGAUCUGUUGCAAAAAUAUUCUGAUCAGCAAAAAGCAUUGGAGGAGUUGGAAUCAGAUCUAAGCACGCUUCAUGAAAGUAAUGAAAAAACGGUAGCAGAAAAUGCUGAUCUUCGAAAGCAAUACGAGCUUCAAAAUAAUGAACUCUAUAAAACUAUUUCUGGAAAAAACAAGACAAUUGAAACUCUUAAACAAAAUUUGAGCGCACUGACAAAUGAGAAUAUCCAGCUGAAGGAACAAUUAAAAAAUACGCAAAUGACCAUUUCGAGAAACAUCCAGGAUAAAGCGGGUCAAGAAAUCAAAAAUAAUACAAAUGAGGAAGACGUGAAUCAACUCAAAUUACAUGCUUCAGACCUUGAGAAGCAGCUAGAAACACUCCGAAUACAACAUAAAAAAUUAGAAGAAUGGAGUAUGCAUCAAAAUGAUACCAUUUCUAUUCUUAAUGCAGAACAAGAAGAUUUGAAAAAUUUAGAUGCCUUCAAAUUAAAAACUGCAGUGGAAGAAUUGCAGAAACAGAAUGCCGAUCUUGAGAAUGAAAUCCAAUGUUAUAAAUUGGAGGCAGAAGAUUUAACAAUACGUUGCGAAAAUUUGAAAGUCGCUCACAAAAAUAUUGACACCGAAUAUAAAGAAAUGAAUAAAAUAUACAGUCAGCAUUUGAUGAAACAUGAACUUAAAAAACAGACAUUAUUAGAAGAUCAUCAAAAGCUGCUAGCUUCUUUCGAUGAUCUUACAAUUAAAUAUGACAAAUUAGUAGAAGAGCACAAACAUUGCAAGGAUGUAAAUGAAGAAUCAAUACUAACACAAAAUGCAAAAAGUUUAGAAAAACAACUGACUGAUGGAGAAUUGCUAGAGGCACUAAAUUAUCAUUAUCGUGACGGAUUUGAAUUAGAAAAUUCUGUGUUAUAUGGAUGUGAUCAAAAUAUGCCAAUCGUGAGUAAUUAUUUGAGUUUAUUUGCAGAACUAAAAAAUAUGAAAGAUAUAUUUGAAAAAAAUAUAACAGAACUCUUCGAUUAUCAGAAUAAGAUAGUAGAUAUAAUACAAACAGGCGGCAAUGAAAAUGAUGGUGCAUUAUUUUACGUAAAGUUGAUGAAAGAAUUGAUUAUGCAGAAGAAAAACCAGCACGACUUGCAAUUGUUAAUAAAAAAUAAUAAAAUAUUAAAAUAUAUCAAUUUUGACAUGUUCAAUCAAAUAAGGUGUUAUAAAAUGCAAUUAUCGGAAACAACCACAGAGCUUCAUAGCAAUAUGCUCAAAUACAAUGGAUUCUUCCGAGACUGCAUUGAGCAUCUACAAAACAUGAUGGGAGUAAAAUCUAGUAAUUUAGUGUCAUUAAAUGAGAAAAACUCCUUCGAAUAUUUCGUUGCGGUGGUGAGAAUAUUGGUAGAUCACUUUAAAGCUAAAUGGAUGAAAUUAAAGCAAUUGCAAAUUGAAAACACGCACCCAAAUUAUGUCGACAAUCAAUUGAAAUUAGAAGAAUUAGAAAAUCAAGACAUCAAUUAUUCCGAUGAUAAGGAGAACGAAUCGAACAACAUCAUACAAUCCGAAAAUUUAGAAUCUGGAUUUAAUAUCAAUUCUAGUAUAGCAGAACUGCAUGAUAAAAUAAAAUGCUUAGAAAAUAGCCUAUCUGGAUCGAAUGCGAACACGGUUAGCUUGAAUGAAAAAUGUGAAUCAUUAUUGGGAAAACUGAAAAAUUAUCAGAUGUCCAAUAAAAAACUGCAGGAUAAAAUCACACUUUUAGAGAACAGCGAGAACGGGAAAAUAAUCCUGGAUGCAAAAAAAUUGCGACGCCAUAGUUUUCAUGAUUCUUCGAGGGAUCUAUCAGAGAGUGAAACAGUUGAUAAAUAUACAUCAACAGAACAGCAGACAGACCAGCAUGAUGAGGUUCCAGAAGAAGAUUCUCAAAUUGGAUCUAAAUUUCAUAAUUUGACAAUUUAA